AUGGGUGCAGACCCUCUGACUCACUUCGAUUCCCCUAUGGUCAAUGUGUUCAACAGCACCGUCAGUGAGAACUGGUCGUUCGAUGCCGCUUCCAUUAAUGGUAAGGCCAGUAUCGUCCUCUAUCUCACCCGAGGCACAGUCGCCACCGUAGUCGGUGCACAGCGAGGCCUCAUUUCGGUCUCUUGGGCCAACGGAACUCGGUACAUGGAGAACGUCUUCGUCGACACCUCGACGUUGACGACAUGCCCAAAAACUACGUCUGGGCUGUGGGCGACCAAAGCUGGCGACAUAAGCUGGGGCUUCACCGCGUCUAAUGAUUUUAAGCAAUCCGUCGUUACCAUCAAGUCACCUACCAUCAACGGGACGUUCAAGCUCAAAUCACGAGGACCGUCAAUCUAUCCCGGAGGGCUGGUGUACCCUGACCCCAGGGCCAGUGUGCUCUUUGCCCCGGAAAUGUAUUGGCAAGAGCAAUUCCCAGUUGCCGACGCCGAGGUACACCUAGACAUUCGCGGCACACCUUUCACCUUGCAUGGCGUUGGAGGCCGGGACAAGAACUGGAACUCCCGGCCUUGGGCCGUGAUCAGUGGCAACUGGGACAUGGUACGAGCUAUUGUCGGACCGUAUGGCAUCAUGUUAUGGAACUACACGUCGAGUGUGGACGGCCAGUCCUACUUCAGCGCCACUAUAAUAGAAGACAACAAAGUGAUUUUUCGCACGACAAAUCAGAAGGCCUCAUGGUCAGAGGACUGGGGCACCAUGAGACUGACCAAUACGGGGCCCCUACAUUUGUCCUCCGCUGCCGGAUCUCAAUCUCAAUUGCCCGAGUCACGUCAUACCGGGUAUCUCAUCGACUUGGUAUCUACUAAGAGAGGCCAACACUGGCGGUUUACCAUCGACUUUUCGCAGACAACAUUCUGGUUUCCUGCAAGCGAGAGGCUGACUGUUGGCCAAUUCGCAGGAAGGGUUUCGGGUGGCUUGUUAGGAAAGAAGCAAUAUAAGGGGGUUGCAUCUGGUUCAGUUCAGGAGUUUGUUCUCUGA